AUGGAUGUCGAUUUCAAUGACGUAAGGCCACUUACGAACUUCGAGGUAUACGACUUUGUGAAAAAACGCAUGGAAUCAAAAGCCAAAGUUCGGGCGCAGCAGACAAUUCUUUACACUGGAAUGAAGUAUUUCAAUGAGAAAUCCUCAUGCACCGUUCAAACACCCGAUGCAAUUCAGUCUUUCAUCGCUUCCAUGAGACAUUUCAACUUGAAGAAGUCUGAACUGCUUGCAUUGAUUAACAACUGUCCAACUACCCAAGUUGAACUUUCCGUGGUAAUUUCCUUACUUAAUCAUACCGCUCUUCGCAAAAUUAUGAUUUCUGACCUGGACACUCGUUUCACUCUACCCCAAAUCGAAGAGAUAAUCACAGCGAUCUCUUCAGCAUUUCCGAAAGGAACCGAAAGGGCUUCUCAGAUUAAUUCCUUGGGACUUCCUGAAGAACAUACUGAAUAG